AACGAAAAAACGAAAGAGCAGAUUGAAAGCUUGCUGCAGAGUGGGAAGCACAAGGAGCUGAGGGAUCGCCUCUGCUGCAGGCUGACCUUCGGGACGGCCGGGCUGCGCUCGGCCAUGGGAGCAGGGUUUUGCUACAUCAAUGACCUCACCGUGAUCCAGUCAACACAGGGGAUCUACAAAUACCUUGAGAGGUGUUUUUCAGACUUUAAGCAGAGGGGCUUUGUUGUUGGAUAUGACACACGAGGUCAGGUGACCAGCAACUGCAGCAGUAAGAAGCUUGCAAAGCUCACUGCAGCAGUUCUGCUGGCUAAAGAUGUACCUGUCUACUUCUUUUCCACCUACGUCCCUACACCGUUUGUGCCCUAUGCCGUGCAGCAGCUCAAGGCUGUGGCUGGAGUGAUGAUCACAGCAUCCCACAACCGGAAGGAGGACAACGGGUACAAG